GAUAUAUUUCCUGGGGUUUGGGAGACACACGCUGUUUCAAUUGCCAGCCUCAAAGCGCGGGCUACCACAACUAUCCGAACACAAACCCCGCAGACUCCAGCUCCUCGCGCAAGCCGAGGCUGUCAUCUACCUCUGCCGCUCAGAAGAGAUGAAACUGUUAGUCCGACCGUCCACUUACUUGGGUACUUAUAGCCGGGACUUCUGUCUGCCCCAACAGUAGGGAUGUAUUGCGGUAGGCCACCAUGCUACGUGCAUCGCUUAUUUCUGAGUGUAUAUCUUAACAUCGAAGCCUCAACACAGCCGUGCCAACAUAUGCGUCAGACUUCGUGUACAGCAGUUGUAUCAAGAUAUAAUCCCUCUUAGACUACGUUAACAUGGCUGAGAUCCAGGACUGGAUGGCUACGGCGAAGCCAAAUCCUGAAUGGGAGGAAUGGUGCAAAGCGGCUGGCCAGGUACCAGACAUUGGCCUCUUCCCAGAUAUUGCCUCGCUCCGGAAAUGGAUCUUCGACGCAAAGGUCGCCAUGACUGCUGCAAUGGGCGCAGCUAGCGGGAUGACCGGCGUCAGAGAGACGGACCACCAAGUCUCGAUGCGUGAUGGCCACGAAAUCCUCUGCCGUACUUACCAACCCAAUCACGACUCGGCAGGAGGCAGCCCGUUAUAUGUGAUGUUUCACGGUGGCGGGUUCUGUAUCGGCGGCGUCGAGAAUGAAGAACUCCUGUGUCGGUUGCUGACGAGCAAGCUCGGCAUGGUAUGCGUGAAUGUCGAUUAUAGACUGGCUCCUGAGCACGUGUUUCCGACUGCGGCCAACGACUGCUAUGAUGCCACAAAGUGGGCCGCUGAGAACGCCACCUCCUUAGGUGCUGAUAUGUCGAAGGGUUUUGUCAUAGGCGGAACUUCUGCGGGUGGUAACCUGACGGCCGUUGUGACACAUCUAUGGCGAGAUCGCAACCACACGCCAGGAAUCACAGGCGCACACCUCAUGAUUCCGGCCCUUGUGUAUCACGAAUACAUACCAGACAAGUACAAAAAGGACUUCAAGUCCUGGGAGCAGAACAAGGAUGCACCAAUCCUGGGCCAGAAGGCCUGCAUGCUCUUCCUCAAUAAUUAUGUUCCCAAAGCAGAGGAUCGCAAGGAUCCCUUGUUCAGCCCUUUCAUCGUUGCGUCCGGUCACAAGAAGCAUCCUCCGGCUUACUUCCAGGUCUGCGGCAUGGACCCGCUGAGAGAUGAGGCGAUGAUCUUCGAACGGCUGUUAAGAGAGGAGGAGGGUGUCAAGACGAAGCUCAACAUGUACCCAGGGCUACCGCACGGAUUCUGGAGCGUUGCGCCGCAGCUGAAAGCGAGCGAGAAGUUUGUCCAGGACUCGGUGAAGGGGGUCGAGUGGCUCUUGCAGCAGGUCUGAGAAAGCGGUACGUGUGUAGUAUCAGAGAUUCGCCGCUCGACCUGGAUGGUCCAUCAACUCGUGUAUAUGAUGCACAACUCCUUGCAAACUACUCGCAAGUGCUGGGAGCCCAAUUAACCGCGC